AUGUUGGAUUUCUUCGUUAUUUUAAGUCGGAGUGGCAUUGUUCUGUGGUACAUUAAAACCACUUCGGAAUGUAUCACCACUUCUAUCAACACUUUUCUAAGGUCCCUGAUUCUUAAGGAAAAUCUUAGCAGUGGGGCAAUUGUACACGAAAAUCUUGCGAUGAAGUACUAUAUGGAUAAUGAAUUCGAUUUAAUAUUUAUCGCUGGUUAUCAAAACAUACUGCAAUUAAGCUAUGUCGAUAAAUUCCUAACAACUAUCGCAUUGGAAUUUAGAGAUAAAUAUAAAAAUGAUUUGCUUCAAAAGAAUUUAUUUGGAUACUUCGAAAACUUUAAGCCUCAAUACGAAAAUAAAUUACGGGAAAUUGAGGCCGAUUCAAGAAAAUCGGCCAAAUCCAAUAAGCCUAUGAGAACAUUCGAAGAAUCGUUGAAGUCAAAGAAGACCAUCGCUUCGAUGAUUGUUAAUAAGGAAAAGGAAAAUGGAACAUCUGUGAUAGAGAAGAAGGUUAUUGAAGAACCUCCCCAAGCUCAACCUAUUUUUGAUGAAAGCAUAAUUCCCCUCCAAGCAAGAAAAACAAUGAAAACGAAUUCACCUAAUGUUCGAAUGGCUAAAGGUGGCAAAAAACAGAAAGGCACUAAUGGAGCCUCCGAAUCACCUGGUGCUGCCAAACCUGGUAAGAAGGUUAAAAUGAAUCGUCGUUGGACAGAUGAAGCUGUGGGAGAAGAAGCGGCUGCUUUGGACUAUAGCUCAGGAAAUGGCGUUUCUGUCACCUCGGCGGUAUCUAAUGCAGGUAAAAAUGGUGUAUCAUCUGAAGAGCUCAAGCUCAGCGCCAAUGAAGCCGAAAACCUAAUUAAACUUCGUGGAACCCUUCAGGAGGGUUUUGAUGAACUCAGGGUGUCUUCCGAUGAGGAAGAGGAAGAAGUUUCCACUGAUAGUGAAAACGAAGAUUUAGAUCCUCAAGAUACCAAUGGAAAUGCAUCCAAGUCCACCAAGUCGAAUAGUUUCCUAUCCUCCCUGUUGCAAAAUUUGAAGUCCACGGCCACAGGCCGGGUGUUGACAAGAGAGGACAUCCAGAAGCCCUUGGAACAACUGCGUGAUCAUUUGGUUCAAAAGAAUGUUGCCUAUGAGAUCGCCACGCGGUUGUGUGAGGGUGUGGCCGAACGUCUUGUAGGUGUCCAAUUGGGCCGCUUUGAACGAGUGGGUCCCCGUGUCCGUUCGGCGUUGGAAGAGGCUUGUACGCGUCUCCUCGCAUCUGGUCGACGUGUUGAUGUCCUGCGUGAUGCUCUCGACUCCCAGCAAAAGGGAAAACCUUAUGUCAUUGUCUUCUGUGGAGUUAAUGGCGUCGGAAAGUCAACUAAUCUUGCCAAAAUUGCCUUCUGGUUGAUAGAAAAGAAUCUCAAAGUUUUAAUAGCUGCCUGUGAUACUUUUCGUUCUGGAGCUGUGGAGCAGCUGAGAACACACGUACAGAAGUUGAAUUUCAUCCACCCACCCUCCCAACACGGUGGAGAGACUAUGGUCGAGCUCUACGAGAAGGGCUAUGGCAAAGAUGCUGCCAACAUCGCCAUGUCGGCUAUAUCUUAUGCUAAGGAUCAGCAUCGUGACGUAGUUUUGGUUGAUACUGCUGGUCGCAUGCAAGACAACGAACCCCUUAUGAGAUCUCUUGCUAAGGUGAAUUUAUUUCUGCUUGUGGAAAUCUAUUUUCUUCCUUUCAAUGUUUAA